AUGAUACAGUCCGGUAUUGGAAUGCCAAUGAUGCCUGAUGACAAGGCUGUUGGAUCAUUGUUUAGAGAUUUAAAGGCAUUCACCUUCCCUCACCUAUUCGACUCGGUAUACUCUGAUACUAAGGUGGACAUUGGCAAUCCAAUGGUUUGGAAUGACAUCCCAUUGCCACAGGAGGAUGACGAUGAUGAUGAUGAUUGUGAUGAUCCAACAUCACCUAGGAAACAGAAACAGCAACAGCGAUCAAUCAAACCAUCACUGAUGGACAGGUUCAGAUUGAAACUUCCAGACAAACAAGAUGAGAUGGAUUACAUCAAUCAUCAUUUCCAUUCACAGAUGAACCUACUUCGUAUAACCAAUAUGAUUGGAAUAUUUGCAAUAUGUUAUGAUGGAUUCCAGAAUGGAUUGAACACUUAUGUCGCAUUGAUACCUGUUAGGAUACUAUGCUUCGCAAUGUUGUUGUUCUCAAUCACAUUGAGUUUCCUCAAGAACAAGUCAUAUUACCAGCGAUCCUACGUUCCACUGUUCCUCCUCUCCUUCACAAUAUUCUUCUUGACAUUUGUAUUGGAGUUCAUUCAAACCUUCCAGACAUUGAUCCUCUUCCUCUAUGGCAUACUGCUGAUCUCACUAUAUGCAGUUGGAUGUCUGAUGUUCCAGUGGCUACUGCUAUUCAAUGUCAUACUCAUACUCAUAUUCAUGGUGUCACUGGGUGUCGUGCAGCCACUGACCAGCUCACACAUGAUCUCCUACUCAAUGUACAUAUUCUUCCUGUUGCUCAUGGGCUGCAGUCAUCUCUACGUGUUGGAGAAGUACAGGAAACAAUCAUUCGUCUUUAGCAAGGAGUUGCAGAAGAAGGCCGAAAGACUCAAGUUGGAGAAGGCGCGAUCCGACGAGCUGCUCUCCAAUAUCUUGCCAGACUUUGUCAUCAAGAUGAUACGCGAGCUGCCCGUGCGCAGUCCGGUGCUGGGCUCCGAUGGCCAGUUCCCACCACUCAUCUCCAAGGACUUCCAGGACUGCACAUUGUUGUACUGCGACAUUGUCGAGUUCACCAGCUUGGCUUCGCGACUCGAGCCCUCGACGCUGGUGCGACUACUCAACGAAGUGUUUACAGAGUUUGAUCGAAUUGUCGAAGAGUUCAAAUGUGAGAAGAUCAAGACUGAUGGCGAUGCCUAUCUCUGUGCUGGAGGACUCACCGUCGAGAAUGAACAACAUCUCCAGGCUAUCAUGGAUGUUGCCAUGUCUAUUCUAAAGUCAAACAUACUGCGGAACAACUGUUUGAAUGCUCCCAUAAAGAUUAGAGUUGGAGUUGCGAGUGGAUCAGUGAUUGGAGGCGUGAUUGGAUGUGAGAAGUUUCAGUUUGAUGUUUGGGGCGAGGCCAUCGCCAAGGCACAUACUUUGGAGGAAUCUGGACAACCUGGAAAGAUACAUAUUCUAAAGUGUGAUUUGGAUAAACUCAGGAACAUCAAUGAUUACAUCAUAGAGGAGAAUCCACAGGCACCUUUGAAGGAGCAAUCAUACUUCCUUACACCAUCAACCGAGUUACUUAUGCUCGGCUCAUCAAACAACAACAUCAACAAUCAACAACAUAUACACUCAAACAAUCAACAACAGCAACAACAGAAUGUUCAAGACGGAAACUAUCAUCAUGUCAUAUCAUUUGGUGAGGUAUCCGAGUUGAAUCAAUCGACUGCAUCACUUCAAUUGCAAAAGAAUCAUGCCACUACUACGACCGAGCAACCGAGAAGUAUCAGUAUGUUGUCAACUUAUUGGCAAAGAGCCAAAAAGGCCAUCUACGCCGAGGUCUGGCCAAAGUCGGUGGAGAAUGCCGGACUGCAUGGCGCAUCAUUGGGCGACGUGGAGAUGGGCGACACCUCAUCUAAGGAGUUGGCCGACGUCGACAGCCAGUUCAGCGAGUACACGCGCAUCAACAAGUGGCUUGUACAAUUUGAGAACAUGGCAGUGGAGCGCAACUUCCAUCGAUACGUGAUCAACAGCACCAUACUGGAGACUCGCUUCUUCUUGUUCAUUGGAAUGAUGCUACAUGUCAUUUUCUACUUUGAUGAUUACCUACUCCAAUCCGAGCCAGUGCUCAAUGCCAAGUUGGUGUAUCUGAUCAUGAUGAUCGUCUUCAUACUGUUCUUUGCGACAUCACUCACGCCAACAUUUGCCAAGCCCAUCCUGUACCACAUAUUCUUUAUCCUACUACUUGUAAUGUUCUGUAUCUGCACUCUACUGGAACUCAUUCGAUUGGACAACCCACUGGCACGAUCGUCAGUCAUCAGAGUCUGCUUCACACUAUUCUAUGCCAACGUAUUCUACUCUCUCAACUUCAUCUUUGUAAUGCUACUCAAUAUCUUCAUACUUGUAUGCUUCUUUAUCCUGUCAGUAUUUGUAUCUGGUACUAUCCUGGAGCACUUGUAUCCCACUGACUACCUUGGUAUUAUCUUGGUACUGGUCAUACAGAUAUGUGCAUCCUACUUGAUGAAAUUGGGCAUGCGCAAGGCCUGGAUCACCAAAUCCAAGAUCAAAUUCAAAGGACUGACACUCCAGAAGGAACGUGAGCGUUCUGCCAACCUCCUGGAGAACAUUCUACCAAAGACAAUAUCCAAACAGUUGAUGAAGGGCAGUGGAAAUAAGCGAGGCGGAAGGAUGAUGAUGAUAGCCCACAACUAUGAUAAUAUUGCGAUAAUGUUUAUCAAUAUUGUUGGAUUCGAACAGAUGAUGAUCCCAAGUGGUGGUACAACCCUGUUGUAUUACAUGAACUACAUAUUCACUCUGUUUGAUGGAUUGAGUGCCAAGUACGAGUUGGAGAAGAUCAAGACCAUUGGAACUACAUACAUGGUUGUGGCCGGUCUGAAGAAGCGUACUGAAGGACAGUCCGAGCGACAUCACCUAGCCAACAUGGCCAACAUGGCGUUGAUGGCCAAGGCAUGUGUCAAACAUCUCAACGCAGGACUCAAUGUACAAGUUGGUAUGAGCUAUGGAUGUUGCGUUGCCGGAUGCAUUGGAAACCGAUCCAAGUUUGAUGUCUGGGGAGACACAACCAAUGUCGCCUCUCGCAUGCAAUCAUCUGCACCAUCUGGCAAGAUUCAAGUUACCUCCGAGAUUGGAUCAUUACUAUCACCAGAGUUCUUUAUUGAAGAACGUGGCAUCAUCACUGUCAAAGGCAAAGGUGAGAUGAAUACCUACUACAUCACUGGACGCAAACAAUCCGACCAAGAUCUUCAGGUUGCCCCUACGCCCACACUCGUCUCAUCCAAUCCUUAUACAUGUACAAUUACUGCGAGGAAUGUGUGGGAGGUGUUCGGUUGUGAGAGGUCCUGUCGACUCUAA